GGGAGGCACGGCUUAAGCAUUAGGCAUUAUGCAUAACUUCAUAAUGACCCCUGUCAAAGCCCCCCCCCCCCCCCCCCCCAUCUAUCCAGCCUCGUUAAUUAAAUAGUCUACGCCAUCUUACGCUGCAUAGGUUUGUCUCGAGACCUGCAUUUUCUUGCAGGACAGGAUAUUCGCUUCGGAGCGUCUGCUGGCAGCGGUAUUUAUGGAUGGACGCGAGGACGUGAUCGGCCGGGACCGAAAGCGCAUUGCGAUACAGAGAAAAAGAUAGGGACUCGCGUGAGAUAACUAAAACACAAGCUGUGGAGGAAACAAUGUUAGUGCGUUCCAGACGCUGUUGCUUAGUUUCAAGAAGGCCGACCACAGAGUUUCAUAAAUCGGGCCGACCAGCCUGCAACACGACAAUUUCUUGCCAGCGGUGCUGUCAACCGGAGAAGGGGAUACCGUCGUGGUACGUGACUCAAACCCAGCCUGAGCUAUAUUCAUCCCGGAGACCUGGGCCCCUAGAGCCGUACCCCGCCCGUCCGAGCAACAAAUUCAUCGUAAUAUCAACUCUAUAAAUCAUAGAGCUGCGGAGAAAGGCUGUGUUGUCACAGUUUCUCCCCUUUCCUCUCCGUUGCACCUCUGCGCCAAAGCCCUCCUGGUCUCGCCUCAGUGGAGGAGCAGAAUCGAGAGUGACUCACAUUGUUGCGGCAUUGAAAAAGUCUCUGAAAUCUUUGAGUGCUUUCCGGUCCCUGUUCCUGUCUGUGUGGUCGGAGACGGGAGGGCUGGGCCUGAAGGACUUGUGACUGUUCAGGGAAGCAGGGAGGAGCUACACACCGUCUUACAGGAGUCACUCACCUCAUGACAGAACAAUCCCACGCACCACUUAGCAACCUCAACCUUGAACGUGCAACAAGGUCCAUCCCUCCAAUAAGGUCUUUGUGGCUCGGCGGUCAACAACCCUGAAGAUUAUCUCCCUGACGACGAACAAGGCUGAGGGUUACCCAGACACUGUCUGGGGACUUCUGUAGCCGCGGCAAGCAUUUCCUGUCUACUUAGCUAGCUUUGGCCCCUCCCCCCCUCCUGCUUUGGCCCCUCCUCCCCUCCUGCUUUGGCUCCUCCCCCAACUCAUACUUUAGCCCCUCCCCUCCUUCCUGUUUUGGUCCCUCGCCCGCCGCCACCAUGCGCCCCUCCCUCGCCACGGCCGUCCUCCCCAGGACGCGGCAGCACAACACCCCCACACUCGCCGUGGGGCGGGAACACCUGUCGGCGCCGCGGCGACGCAGCCCGCACCUCAGACACACCCUCAGCCCCGACAACCUGCGCAGCCUGGCGGAAAGGGGCGGGGCCUCCACAGACUCCACCUCCCUGGUGGGCGGACCCAUGGGGCUGCCUCGUGCCAACAGCGACACCGACCUGGUGACCUCACAGAGCCGGUCGUCACUGACGGCGUCCACGCUGGAGUUCACCCUGAACCGAGGACAGAACCUGGUCAUCUCCUGGGACAUCAAGGAGGAAGUGGACGCCACUGACUGGAUCGGGCUCUACCACAUCGACGAGACCAGCCCGUCCAACGUGUGGGACUGUAAGAACCGAGGGGUGAACGGGACUCAGAGGGGCCAGAUCGUCUGGAGGCUGGAACCAGGACCCUACUUCAUGGAGCCUGAGACCAAGAUCUGUUUCAAGUACUACCAUGGUGUCAGUGGAGGCCUGAGAGCAACAACCCCCUGCAUCACUGUGAAGAACCCCGGAGUACAGGUGGAUGCUGAGGGGCAGGCAGGGACAGACCAUCCUCGUAAACUGAUCAGCUUCACUUUGACGGAUCUGCGUGCGUUGGGUCUGAAGAAGGGCAUGUUCUUUAACCCGGACCCCUACCUAAAGAUGUCCAUUCACCCAGGCAAGCGCAGUGGAUUCCCCACCUUCAGCCACCAUGGGCAGGAGAGACGCUCCGCCAUCAUCUCCAACACCACCAACCCUGUCUGGCACAAAGAGAAGUAUACUUUUGUAGCGUUGGUGACAGAUAUUCUCUACAUCGAGGUGAAGGACAAGUUUGCUAAAAGUCGACCAAUAAUCAAGCGCUUCCUUGGUCAGCUGACCAUCCCUGUACAGAGACUGCUGGAGAAGAUACCUGGGGUCCAGCCUGUGAGCUUCUCUCUGUGUCGACGGCUUCCCACGGAGCACGUAAGCGGUCAGAUGCAGUUCAGGAUGGAGCUCACCUCCACUGGACCGGACGGAGCGUCUCCUGACUCCAUCAUUGGUGUCUCCACCCUGAACGGAGCUCCAGGAACCCCAUCCGACGACGAGGACCUUCCCCACCACCUCCCCAUCGUGUCAGCGGGCCCCUCUCCCACCGGCUCCCAGGGGUCUGGGGGCCCUUGGGAGGGCGGGGCCUCCGCAGAGCUGGACGGGGCCGAGGGCGGGCUGACGUACAGGGAGGCGUCUUCUGGGUCCUACCUCCUGCAGCGUUCGCUCAGCGAGGGCCUGGACGCCAUUGAGGCUCCCAAGGGCCCCGGCGAGCGUCCCCUGGGCGCCGCCUCGCCCAAGCUGCGCUCCAGCUUCCCCACGCACACGCGCCUCAGCGCCAUGCUGCACAUCGACUCUGACGAGGACGACGAGCGGUCGGGGCCCAAUGACAUCACCCCUGUACCUGGCUCUCCUCUCCUGUUCAACGGGGCCACGCCCGGACAAGACAGCCACGACGAAGACCCCUUCCCAGAGCUCCCCUCGGAGCUGGGGGACGCAGUGGGGCUGGGGGAGGGGGUGGGGGCGGAGGGGGGGGUUUCAGAGAUGGAGCUGGCUCCGGAGUUUGAGGCUGAGGUGGACCUAGAGGACGCGUCUGAACCUGACGUGUUCUCAGAAGUGGAUGAAGCUCCCUUCUCGGAAGCCGUGUCCCACAGUCUCUUGCCUGACAGUCUGGAGGGGCAGGAGGGGGAGAGGGGGCAAGGCCCC